AUGGCUCCUGCUCGCCGACGCGCGGCGGCCAAGAACGGGGUGGCUGCCAAGGAGACCGAGGUACCAGCACCAGAAAGCACAACCAGGGCAUCACGCCAGGCUGCCGCAGGCCGAGGACAGAGAAGGACACAGAAGAGCGGCGGCCGUGGCCAGGCCGAGCCCGAGUCGGAGACCUUGGCAGAGCCAGAAGAACAGGCAGAGGAGGAAGAGGGAGAAGAGGGAGAAGAAGAAGCAGCAGACAGAGUAGAAGAGGAGGCAACCGCAGAAGCAACAACAGGCCAGGGCGACAGGCCUGUCGUGCUGAGCUUCAGCGAGCCUCUCUCAUGGCGGCCGGGGAAACCGAUCGCGACGGAGGAGCUGAUCCGUCGGCUCGAUGCUCUCAGCCGCGAGCUCUCGGAUCUCGACCAGGAGACGUUCGAUGCCGAGUCUCUGACCAAGGUGUCGAAGGAGCUGGCAAACCACAACCUCCUCAACCACAAGGACAAGGGCGUCAAGGCGUUUGCGGCGGCGUGUCUGGUAGACAUCCUGUGCCUCUGUGCACCGAACGCGCCCUUUACCCAGACACAGCUGCAGGACGUGUUUGGGCUCUUUAUAUACUCGAUCUUGCCGGCGUUGCAGGACCCGUCGAACACGUACGAUGCGCAACACAAGUACGUGCUGCACUCGCUGUCGGAGGUGCGCAGCAUCGUGCUGCUAAACGACCUCGACAACAGCGACGCGCUGCAGCUGCAGCUGUUUUCGUCGCUCUUCGACGCGGUGUCGGCGCCCAAGAAUGUGACGGGGGGCCGCCUUCCGACGGACGUGGAACACGACAUCAGCGACAUUCUGAUCUGUCUGAUCGAGGAGGGCUCCAGUGUGCCGCCCAAGGUGGUAGACGUGAUCAUGGCCCAGUUCCUGCGAGCGGCAGCACCAGGAGUUCUUCGCGAAAAGGGCGUGCCGGACAAGGAGGAGCUGGACCGGUACCAGUCAACGCUGCUGCUAAAGGAGGAGCCACCGGCAUACCAGAUCGCGAAGCUGAUCUGCCUGACGUGCGCGGACAAGAUGACGCGUUCGGUGGCGCAGUACUUUAGCGACGUGAUCAUCGACUUCUCGGGUGUGGGAGGCGGCAACGGCGGGCCUGGAGCCGGUGGCAACCGGGCAAACGGACACAAGGGCGGCAAGGAGUCGGACGAGGAGGCGGAGGAGGACGAGGGCUUGAAUGGGCCGUCGGACGCGGACCUGCGCGAGAUGCGCAAGGCCCAUCUGCUGCUGCGCGAGCUAUGGCGGGCAGCGCCGCAGGUGCUCAGCAACGUGGUGCCACAGCUGGAGGCGGAGCUGUCAGCCGACAAUGUGUACCUGCGCAAGCUGGCUUCGGAAACACUGGGCGACAUGAUCUCGGGGAUCGGGGCAGCGGGACCGCCGGCGCCGCCGACGUUGGACCCGGCGGCAUAUCCGGCCCCACGACUCUCGGACGAGCCGACAGCACGGGCAUCGGACAGCGUGCUGACGACGCCGACGUCGCCGCACUCGUUUGCGCAGACGCAUGCGCACAUCUACCAGAGCUUCAUCAACCGCAAGAACGACAAGUCGGGGCUGAUCCGCACGGCGUGGGUGACGGCGGCAGGCUAUAUCCUGUCGACGUCUGCAGGCGGGAUUGGGCUCAGCCGCGAGGAGGAGACAGCGCUGGUGCUGGGGCUGGGUGACAAGCUCAACGACAGCGACGAGAAGGUGCGGCUGGCGGCGGUGAAGGCGAUUGAGUGCUUUAGCUUCCGCGACGUGAUGACGAAGCUGGCGCCGCACGGCGGCGUGUCGAAAGAGGGUUCGGUGUUGGCGAACCUGGCCGAUCGCGGACGCGACCGCAAAUCGCAUGUGCGGGUGGAGGCUAUGGCGCUGUUGGGAAAGCUCUGGGCAGCGGCGACAGGCGAGCUGGCAGCGGGCGACGAGGCGGUCACGACGGCUCUGGGGGCGGUGCCGUCGCGCAUCUUCAACGCGAUCUACGCCAACGACCUGGAGCUCAACCUGCUGGUGGACCGGAUCGCGUACGAGUACCUGGUGCCGCUGUCGUAUCCGGCGGUCAAGAAGGCGGCCAAGGCAGCCAACGGGCGAUCACACCAGCAGAAGGCGGCAGUGUCAUCGGCGUCGGGCAGCGGCGUGGACGGAGACGCGCUGCGGGCGGAGCGGAUUCUUCUGCUGGUGCGGUCGCUGGACGCGGGGGCCAAACGGGCGUUUUUUGCGCUGCAGAGCCGACAGCCACAGUUCUCCCGCAUCGUGGACGGGUUCCUGAAGCAGUGCGAAGCCUACAACGGCGGCGUGGGGGAAGACGGACGCAAGGCCGGGCCUGGACUCGAGAAGAGCAUGCAGUACCUGGCGCAAUUCUUCCCGGACGGACCCAAGGUCAAGGCCGACCUGCAGAAGUUCGCCCGGCUCAACGACCGGCGCAGCUACCAGCUGAUCCGCUUUGUGACCGGGCCAGAGCACGACUUCACGACCAUGUACCGGGCGAUGAAGGAGCUGGUCAAGAAGCUGCAGGCGGUCGGGGCGGGCGGGGUGCUGGACACGCUGCUACCACUGCUGUACCGGUCGGGCUGCAUCAUGUUCAACCGCAGUCACCUGACGACGAUUCUGGAGUGUUCCAAGGGCGGACAGGCUGAGCUGGCAGCUACGGCUAACGAGAUGCUGAAGGAGGUGUCGCAGCGCAACCCGGGGCUGUUCAAGACGACGAUCGGCGAGCUGUGCAAGGAGCUGACCACACAGGCGCCGACGGAGACGCGCGAGAACGACCCAGUGGUGAUGGACUCGCUCAAGGCGUGUGCCUCGUACGCGGCCAAGUAUCCGCAGGAGGUGCCGCGGGAGCGCACGUUUGCGCAGGCGUGGAUCAGCUUUGCGCUGUACGGGCGGCCGGAAAAGGCGGCCAAGUAUGCGGUCAACAUCCUGCUGGCGACGCGGGACGAGACGAGCAUGGUCAGCGCGACGGAGCUGGCGCAGAAGGCGACGUGCGAUCUGGGCUUUGAUGGGCCGCGAUUCCUCAACAAGCUGGUGACGCUUAGUCAGCUGGCACGACUAGCGCCGGCCGUGAUUGCAGACACCGAAGACGACGUGCGCAAGCUGGUUAUGGACACGCUGCGCAACGUGCGGACAGCAGCAAGCGCGGGCGACCCAGCUUGGGCGAGUGAUGCAGAGCUGGACGAGGAGGGCCGGGCCAAGGUGUUGUGUCUGCGGUUCCUGGUGCAGCAGCUGCUGGGGACGGAGGAUGGUGAGGAGGCCAAGAAGGACGGACGCCACAUUCUGCGGCUGCUGAUCCGUUUUGUGGCCAAGGAUGGUGAGGCGUCGCGGACGGGCGAGACGCCAGCACACCAUCGAGCACGGCUCCGGCUGGCGGCUGCCCAGGCGGUCCUCAAGAUCUGUGCCAACCGGCAGUUUGACGAGCUGCUGUCGCCGGCCGACUUUAACGCGCUGGCGCUGACGACGCAGGACCCGGCGCCCGAGGUGCGGCACGGCUUCAUCGAGAAGCUGCAAAAGUACCUGGUGCUGGGCCGGCUGCGGCCGCGCUUCUACACCAUCGUCUUCCUGGCAGCCUUUGAGCCCAACGCUGAGUUCCGACACCAGGUCGAGACGUGGAUCCGGUCACGUGCUCGCCAUUUCCAACAAGCACGACAGGCCGUCAUGGAGGGCCUCGUGGCACGGCUGAUCUCGCUGCUGGCGCACCACCCCGACUUUACGACGGAGCCGGACGAGCAGGUCGACCACGCGCGCUACGUGCUGUUCUACCUCAGCAACGUGGCGACGGAGGCGAAUCUGGGCCUGAUCAACAAGUAUGCCGAGCGGGUCAAGCAGACGCUGGACGGCAUCGACGCUGGCUGCAGCGAGAAUUUGUACCUGCUGUCGGACCUGACGCAGGCGACGAUUCGUCGGUUCCAGCAGCGCAAGGGCUGGGUGCUGGAGCCGCACGCCGACAAGGUGGGCGUGCCGCAGGGGCUGUACGCGCCGCUGCCGUCGCACGAAGUGGCCCUGGAGAUUGCACGGAAGCAGUACGUGCCGGAGGGAGUAGAGGACCAGAUUGACGAUCUGUUGAAGGCGACGGAGCGAAAGAAGAAGCGCAAAUCUACCGACGAAUACCACCUACUGCACGACGCCACGCAGCAGGCGGCCAAGCGAGCCAAGACGUCACGGCCGUCGCAGCCACGGGUAGAGAGGACGACGACGGGGUCGGGGCCCAAGAAGAGCAGCACGAGUAGCAGCAGGACGCCGAGGCCGAAGAAGACAGCCAAGCCGACGACAACGCCGACUCGGACGAUUCCAGACUCGGAGCGGAGGCGUAGCGGCCGAUCCGGACGGGCACAGCAGUCGUACAUUGAGCGCGACUCGGACGAAGACGACGACGAGAUGCUGGACGGCGUGGCCGAGUGGGAGUAUCUUAGGGGGAGCGACGACGAGGACGACAGUCGGCGAGGCACAGAAGACGGGCGGCGAGGUCGUGGUGGCAAUCGAUCGCUGCCGUCGCGGUCGCGCCAGCCGUGUGAAGAAGCGAUGGCGCCCAAACCGGCGCACCUGGCGCCGUCCGAGCUGGGGACGAAGGAGUACUGGGAUUCGCUCUAUGCGACGGAGCUGGCCAACCACGCGGGCAACCCGGCGGACACGGGCACGGUGUGGUUUGACGACGUCGAUGCCGAGACGCGCAUGGUAUCGUAUCUGGGAGAUUUCCUGGAGGCAGACGCCGACGGCAGCAGCGACGGUUCCGCGUCGCGGCCGUCGCUGCGGGUCAUUGAUCUUGGCUGCGGCAACGGGUCUCUGCUGCGGGCUGUGCGCGACGAGCUGGCCGAGCGGACGAUCGUGGCCGGCGAGGUCUGUCUGCUGGGCGUGGACUACAGCGCAGCGAGCAUCGUGCUGGCGCGGCAGGUGACGGCCGACACCAAUGACACCGACGACACCGACGACACCGACGACACGAUGCGACCGGCCAUCGCUCUGGCCGAGUGGGACGUUCUGCGCGGCGACGCGGACGCGCUCGGUCUGCCGGCUGGUUCCUGGGAUGUCGUCCUGGACAAGGGCACGUUCGAUGCCGUCAGCCUCGGCCACGGACUCGCCGACGCGGACACCACCUCCACCCAAGACACGGAUACCGUCGAGUCGCUCUACCUCGGCCAGGUCCUUCGGCUGCUCCGUCCCGGCGGCCGCUUCCUCGUCACCAGCUGCAACUGGACCGAGGCCGAGCUCGACGCCUGGAUGACUGCCCCGGGCCCCGACCCUACCGCCGGCCGUCUCGCUCGCGUCGGCCGCAUCGCCUACCCGACCUUUCGCUUCGGCGGCGCCCAGGGCCAGGCCGUCUGCACGUCCUGCUUCCAGAAGCGGGUCUGA